UUUAAAUUUGUAUAAAAAUCCAAUUGUCACUGUUUAUUUGAUGAGUUCAGUGUGUAAGAAAAUUAGACCUAAAUGGUAAUGAUUACAAGAAGUGCACACAGAAAAGCUUCUCAGAGUUUCAGUAGCAAUGAUAUAUCACAAAACGAAAAUAUUCCACCAUGGUGCUCAUCGGGAAAAGUUGCCGAAAGGAAACCACGGAAAGUUGCGUCCCCGUCUUGGGAAAUACGAUCCUCGUAUCCUUUACGGGAGAACAUAUGGGAGUAUCUUUAUGAAGAUAAGAGCAAAAGCUUGAAGUGUGGCUGUAAACGGAGGAAGCGUUGCAAACAAAGGGUAAAGCACAAAAGUAACGGAAAACAUCUUUUAACGCUCGUGUUAGCGGUUAUCUGUUUAUGUGUAAUAGCAUCUUUAUGGAUGGUUAACAAACUUCCACAACUUAAUUGGUUACCCCAACUAAUAUCAAAUGAAAAAAUUACAUACUUAACCGCGACUGAAGACUCCAUUUUAGUCGAUGAGGAAUGCUGCAGGAAGAUGAGAUAUUUAGCUGUGGAGCUGUACCGAACCCAAAAAACUCUAAGUCGCACACUCCGGGUUCGAAGAGAGAUGAUGCCGUACGCUAUCAAAAUAGAUAACAGAAAAGCCGUAGACAAAGGGCACAUAGCAGAUGCAUCGGUCACAAAGGGUAGAGACACUAUAGAAUGGGGAGGCCGCUUAGCACUAUGGGGGGUAGUGCCUCUGUGGCGAGCCGCGCCACCACCCGACACAGUACUUUCAUUGCGGAAGCCGACACCGGCCGAUUGUUGGCCUUUCAGAGGCUCACGUGGUGAAAUCAAUAUCGAAUUGGUGGAACAGCGACUGAUUCAAUGUAUAAGCAUAGAACACGUGCAACCAGACACUGCUCAAAGUGCACCCAAAGAAUUUAUGGUUUAUGGUAUCCUUGAAAAUGGCACGUGGAUAAUUGCAAUUCACGGACAAUAUUAUAAGAAAGGACCAGCUAAACAGUAUUAUCAAACCGCAAAUAAAAAUGUCCCAUUAAAACACCUAGUAUUUAGAGUGCUCUCCAACCAAGGAAACCCUACCUAUACCUGCCUCUAUAGAAUACAUGUAUAUAGUAUUGAACCUAAGCAUUUGUAA